GCUUCUGAAGCAAACUCUGGAUGGAAGAAAACAGACGAAUACGGUCAGGAGCAGCGCUGCUACCGUGGCAGCAGGAUAAAACCUGUAGAAAUACUCAUCAUGCUAGCAGAACGGACGUCACAGAGGAGCUGAUCCGGCGACGGGCCGAGCACAACGACUGCGAGAUCUUCACCCUGGAGGAAGUAUCUAUGCACCAGCAGGACAUCGAGAGGAUCGAGCACAUCGACAGGUGGUGCCGGGAGCUGAGGAUCCUCUACCUGCAGAACAACCUAAUCCCCAGAAUCGAGAAUCUGGGCCGCCUGAAGAAGCUGGAGUAUCUGAAUCUGGCCUUAAACAACAUUGAAGUGAUUGAAAAUCUUGAAGGCUGCGAGAGCCUCCAGAAGCUGGAUCUGACGGUGAACUUCGUGGGGCUCCUGAGCAGCGUGGACUCCCUGAAACACAACGUCCACCUGAGAGAGCUCUUCCUGGUGGGGAACCCCUGCACCGAGUUCCAGGGCUACAGGCAGUACGUUGUGGCCGCGCUGCCUCAAUUAAAGUGGCUGGAUGGGACGGAGAUCAGCCGGUCGGAGCGGAUCGGAGCCUCGCAGGGCCUGGAGCAGGUGAGGAGGCGAGUGAGGGAGCAGGAGACCGAGUACCUGAGGAGGAGAGAGGAGCAGAGAGAGGAGGACGCGCAAAGAAAGAAAGAGAAGAAGCCGGGUUGUGACGGCCGCUGGUACACCGACAUCAACAACACGGACUCACAAGACGACAAGGAGAACCAGGAGCUGCAGGAGAACCCGAGGAGCCCAGAAAGGGCGGCGCAGGAGGAAGAGGAGGAGGAGAGAGAGUUCUGGCACACGCCCUGCUCCUUCACCCCCGAGUCUCGUCUGGAGGCUCAUCGCCACCUGGAGGAGAAGAAGAAGAAGGCAAACAAGAAGGAGACGGAGAAGAAGACCAAGACCCCGAGGACUCUGAUCACUGCUGAUGGACGAGUGAUGAACGUCAACGAGCCCAAGCUGGCCUUUACUCUGACUGAGGACGAGGAGAACAACGCUGUUGUGUUGGACCUGGCUGUUUACAGACACAUGGACACCUCCCUGAUGGAUGUGGACGUUCAGCCCACGUACGCCAGAGUCAGCGUCAAAGGAAAGAUAUUUCAGGUGGUUCUUCCCGCCGAGGUGAAGCCCGACAGCUCGACGGCCCAGAGGUCCCAAACCACCGGGCACCUGGUGCUGAGGAUGCCCCUGGCCGGGGGAGAACUCGCCGUGAAGAAGACGACUCCACGUCCGCAGAGACAGAGCCAGCGCUGCAGCGGCUCCGCAGACGACCAGAACCGAAAAAAUAAACUUCCUGAGAGGCUGGAGGUGGAUCCCAGUAAGCGUACCUCUGUUGAUAUCGCAAACAUCGUGCGGAGCAGCGGAGACGGCCCGCUGGAAACGUCCAGGACCGUUCACCCAGACGACCUUUCUGAGGGUUUUUUAGACGACCCUGAGGUCCCUCCACUCAUAUAAGGUGUUUUAAGGAAUAAAAAUACACAACUCUAGUUCUGAGCGCCUGAAGAAAUGCAAAGGAAAAUCUUGAUGGAAUGUUUCAGGUCUGGUUUAGUGAUUUUUUUAAACAUUGUCUUACAGCAAAAUAAAUGUCUAGGAGUAACAAAACUUCAUGUGAUUCUGUCAGAAAAGUCAGAUUUUGUUUUAGGAUUUCAUUAAAAAAUAUCUUGUUUUGGAGCAUUUCUGGUAUUUUACUUUAUUUUGUCUAAAUAAAAAAAGUACUGAGGCUAUGCUUUGCCCCAAGUUGGUAAAACACAGAAUA